CCUUGGGCACCACUCCCACCCACCAUUCAGAUCCUCUAGCAUCUAAUCUGCCUUUUCCAGUUACUUUUAGUUUUGUUACAUUUGUAAAGCGAAUCCAUGACUUAGAUUGGCUCUUCCAAGAUGGUGUUGAUCUGCUACCUGCUGACUAUUGACCUACUGGAGAAACGAUGAACGCUGAUCUGCUGCUUGAUCUACUACCUUGUGGUUUCUUCUUCGUCAGAAAAAAAGAUGGGGACUGAAGAAUGGAGACUGGAGACUAGAGAAGCCAAGAAGGAGAACGAUUGAUGAUGAAGAUUUACUGCUCGAUCUACUGCCUUGUGGUUUCUUUUUCGCCGAAAAAAAGAUGGAGACUGGAGAGUGGAGAAACCGAGAAGAGAAGGAGAACGAUGGAUGAUGAACACUGGAGAAUGGGUUUUCUGAUUUUGUUUGGUUGUGGUAAGAGUUGAGAGUUGGAAGAGUUGAGAAUGGAAUGAAAUUAGAAACCCCGAUUGUGGGAAAAAAAAAAAAGUUGCAGAGCGUGCUGUGUCGGUGAUGUCCAGCCUAAAGCAAUUUUCCUGGCGGGUUUGCCGGGUCGUCCGGGCGAGACAGGUUGAACAAGUUCUCUGGGUUUGGACAGGCCAAUCGUCCAAACGGGCCUGGGUGUCAACCCAGCCCGUUUCAUGCUCUGGGCGACGGUCGGACUGGUCCGACCGACUGGUUCGAUCUGGGUUUCAAAACAUUGGUGAUAAUUGGUCCAUUGCCUUCGCGUGCGAUUUCUUCUUUCCUCAUCUAAAAAAAAUUCUUUGAUUGUACUAGGUUUAUGUGGUAAAUAAGUCCAUAUAAUUUUG